CUUCUGUGUAUGGUGAUCAGUUAUGAAUUAUCAUGGCGAAUUCAGGAGUUUGGUCGAACUCCCAGCAGCAAGAAAUGUCGGAGUUUGACAAUGGAGAUACUUUUCCUACGGGAGAUGGAUUUAAUCUUGCUGAACUAAGUGGUUUGGACGAUUUGAUAACGAACUGCGAGAAUGAGUUAUUCUCCAAAAGCAGCAACUUCUUUACUGAUGAAACUCUCCUCUCUCAGCUUGCAGAAGAACCUUUGGAAAUGGAUGAUGAUGUUUCAUUUGAUUUCCUUAAUUUGCCCAACACACUUGAGUGUAUCAUGCAGCCACAUCCACCACAACCUCAACCACAGCCACCAGUACCUCCACCACCAUCUCAGCCACCACUACAACAGCACCAAAAGCUCCAACAAAACCUUCAGCAUCACUUAUCAAACAUGUUCUGUACAACCUCAACCACACUUCCGCAAGUCAAGCAGAAAUCUAAUGUCCUCAUACCUUCACAAGAACUUAUAUCUUCAGUACCAUCCCAUAUUGUAUCAUCAUCAUCACUUACAUCUCUAACUUCCCCCCAGAAUACUCAAGAAAGUAAUGUUAUACCUUCCUCAAUGCAACAUAGGGUUGCAGCACCUGUAUGUACUGUUACACAGAGUCCAACAGCCAUUUUGCUUCAUUCAACUGGAGUAACACAGUCAGCACAGCAGCAAAAUCAAAAUCCUUCUCUUACGCUUGGAAGCCUUCAGACAUCGAUACCAGGUCAGCAGCAGAUAAACCUCCAGCCUGCUCCUGCUGCAACAGCAUUGCAGAAUUCACACAUCCAAUUACAGCUGCAAGCUUUGAAACACAGGCAGCAAAGUAUCAAACAUUCAUCUGCCCAGAAUCAACUGUUGACAUUACAGAGGAUGAGGCAGCUGCCGGCAGAUAAUAUGCAACAGGUUUUAGUACAGGCUCAGCUGCUUAAGUCAGAGCCACAGCUGAGUCCUGCUGCUGUCAUAUAUACGACAGCUCCAGUGACGAGUGUCACAGUGACACCUAGUGGCAAUGCAACGCCUGCACCAGCUUCCAUUCACACCCUUGUUAACACUGCGCAUGGUGCAAUUCUGGCUACUGGUAUACCACUUGUGUUGGAUGCAGAUAAGCUACCUAUCAACAGAAUCACAGCAAUUGCACCACCGUUAAGGGAACCCAAGGUGAAAGAAGGAAAAAGAAGUGCACAUAACGCUAUUGAGCGUCGUUAUAGAACUAGUAUUAAUGACAAAAUAGUUGAGCUCAAGAAUAUGGUUGUUGGAAAUGAUGCAAAGCUUAACAAAUCUGCCAUCUUGCGGAAAGCUAUUGAUUACAUCCGCUAUCUGCAGAAUUCAAACGCCAAACUAAAACAGGAAAAUAUGACUUUAAAAAUGGCAGCUCAGAAGCCAUUAAAGGAACUUUUGACAGAUCCAGUAACUACAGCAGAUAUGGUGAAAGAUGAGUGUUCAGGACCUAUUACACCCCCUCAUUCUGAUGAAUCUUCACCAUCGUCGUCACCUCCACACUCAGACAGCUCCUUGCCACCAUCACCUGAAGAUCCUUACAGUGCUGAGAUGGACAUAAAGGAGGAAGAUGAUGAUAUUAUUAGUGUCAACUUAUCCAAGGGGAUGUUGGAUCAUUCAAGGAUGGCCCUUUGUAUAUUCAUGCUUGCCGUGAUUACAUUCAAUCCAUUUGGAAUGAUUCUAAACAAAUUUGUAGACUCUAGCAAAGACUACUCAGCUACAAUUAUUGAAGGAAGGACUCUACAGAAUUUUGACAGUUCAGAGUCUGGGAUUUGGCACUGGGUAGGAUCAUCACUGUUCCUGUGGAUAUUCAACUCCAUACUUCUUCUGAGCUGCCUCAUCAAGUUGUUUGUGUAUGGGGAUCCAGUAAUACAAGCCAAGUCAAAAGAAUCUGUCACAUUUUUUAGGCAUCGGAGGCAAGCUGAUUUUGACUUGUCGAAGGGUGACCUUGCAGCUGGCAACCAAGAACUAAGGCGAUGCCUGCAAGCUUUUGGUCGGUCUUUGCCAGCGUCAAAACUGGAAUUGCUGUCAUCUACAGUGUGGCAUAUAAUACGUCAAAUUUUGCACAGAGUGUGGAUUGGACGGUGGCUGGCAAAAUAUGCUGGAGGUUUCUUUGUGGACAGCAUGACAAGAAGAGAAGCGAUGAAUUCGGCAAAGGAACUGGCUCUGUUGUACCAUCAUUUGCACCAGCUUCACCUGGUGAAUGGUUCAACAGAUGGUCAUCUUACUGGUCUCGUGUUGGCAUUUAGCGCUGUCAACAUGGCAGAAGCAUCAUCAGAUCUCCUUUCACCAGAGGAGUUGGCUGAUAUUUAUGUUGCAGCUGCUCUCCGUGUCAAGGAAUCAUGCCCAUCAUUUCUUCAGUUCUUUAACAGGUUCUACUUAAGUCUGGCUCGGCACGUCUGCUUUAAAAGAUGUCGACGUGUACCUGUGAGGCUACAGUGGCUGUUUACUGCAUAUGGGCACCGGUUUUUUGUAUCACAUCACUGGUCAUAUGGCUGUGUGACUGGUUCAACAUUUAGUAGUCUGGGAAACCGUGCUGAUCCUCUGGCCUAUGUUAUGCGUGUUUAUCGGGAGCACUUGCUAGAUCAGGCAUUGCAGACACUUUUGGCACCAGGAGGCAGACUGGAUGCCUGUGAUGAAGAUCCAUUGAGACGAACCCAGACAUCAGAUGUGCUCACCUAUGUCCAACUGCUAAUGGAAAAUGCAGAUGCUGCAGGAAGUCAGGGUGAUGAAACACCCUCACUAAUAUCAAGAAACAUUCAAGUGACCUAUGCUGAGGAUGAGCUUGCCCACUGGUGGUCAGGAGUUGUGGGUGUUGCAGCAUAUUGGUUAUUAGGAGGUGAUGCAUUAGCAGAACGUCUUUACCCGAGAGUAGAAACUGUUCCUGAAUGCUUGUGCAAGCAGAAUGAUCCUCUUACUCAUGCUGUACUGGCAGCAUUCGGAAGCCGCCGAGCCUCACUCAGUCUGAGCCAUCAUCAUCCUGGAAUCAACCUCAGUAGCAAGGCUGUCUUGAAGUUAUGCAACACUGCUGGACAGUAUCUUGAUGAUAGCCUCACAUACAGCAGUUGCAAGCAAGCCAGCAGUACAGUACAUUUGGUGCAACUUCUGGUUUGUGAUUGGUUGCUGGAAACACGAACAGCUGUAUGGGAAAAAGAAAAACAGGAGAUUGAUGGGUCAGGUCCUGUUCCAGUUGCAGAUGCUGUUCUAUCUGGUUUCCAGAGGGACCUGUCAUCGCUGAGACGUCUCACAGAACAUAUUUCAUCAGCACUUCCUCGUGUGUUCCUAUAUGAAGCUACAGCACGUAUGAUGGCAGGUGCGUCACCAGGGCGCACACAGCAACUGCUGGAUCGCAGUUUGCGUCACAGACACAGUCGGACAUCUCUAAUCUGUGGCAAAGAUAAAAACCAACAAGAGGCUGGAGGUGAUAGGGAGCACGCAACAGCCCUCUACAUGGCAUGUAGACAUCUGCCUACUCCACUGCUGUCGUCACCUGGUGAACGUGCUGGAAUGUUGGCUGAGGCUGCCAAGACACUAGAGCGAAUUGGUGACCAGAAGCGACUACAGGAUUGUUAUCAUCUUAUGAAGUCACUUGGGAGCAGUUCUGUUACAAACUGAACUUUGUGUAAUGUUUAUAUCAUUAAAGUUCUGUUACAGGUUGAAAGCAGUAAGUCCUGUAUAUGAACCAUUAUGGACGCCAACAUUGAUAUGGCAUGGUAACAGCAUACAAAUGUUGGGUAUCAAGAAUCAUACCGAAUGCAGAAUAAUGACCAACAAGAAGGUAGCAAAUGGAUAAGAAACAAUGGAAAUGAUGAGAUGGUUCGUAACAUGCCAUUUUGUUUCAAUGAAAAGUUUUGUUAUGUUGGCGAGAGGUUGUAACUGGAAUUUUGUGGCACUGGAACACUUUAUUUUCUAAUAAAAAAUACAACUUCUUUCUGUUAGUGUUCAUCAUUGUUAACUUAAAGGAUUUAGGUCUAGUAGCUUUUUGUGACACUGUUAAAAUCUUUUUCCUCAUACAGGAUAAUUAACUCCCAGUUGGGAUACACUUUUCUUCUGUGUUCACACAAUUUAUAUGUGUAUCCUGAAAAAUCUAUUAAUUUAUUAAUAUGUAAUGCUGUUCUAACUUCUUUUUCAGUCUCAUUUCUUUGUGCUGUGAAGAAAUUUGUUUGCUGUCCUCCUUGUUUUUUUUUCUUUUUUUUUGCACAAUAUCUGCUGGCUUUUUCAAGGAAAAAUAAUUCCAUGAAUGAUGGAGCUGAGAAUAAGAGUUAAAAAUGUUAAAAAGAAGGAAAGGUAGAAGUCUUAAUUUAGGAGAAGGUUUUGACAGUGCCUACUGGAUGACAAAGUUUGCCUAAGUGACAUAAUUUUAUUUAUCUCAGAAAACAUAAUAAAGACAUCCAAUAAAACUCUUAAUUUAGUCCCAAAGAGUAGAUAUAGAUAUUUAUGGGUGUAUUUCCUUAGUACUGUUGUAUAGCUACAAGAAAGCUUGCCUGACAAGAACAAUGCAGCCAUGGAAACAUCUGAAAACACAGCAUACUUAUGCAAAGCAGGAUUUCUGGCUAUGAAUUAAAUAAAAUGAACAGAUUCAUUCUGCUUUGAUGCUUGUAUGCAACUAGCACUAUCAGAUACCAUUGAAGCCAGGCUGGAUUUAUUAAUGAGAAAAGUUCAAGAACAAGGAUGAAACUGGUAUAUUUUUUCAUGUGUAACAUUAGAGUGAGUUUUAUUUUAUAUUUGUGUUUUGAACUAUUUAUAAUAAAGUUAAAUUUCCAUAAA